AUUUGCUUGAAUGUGCAAGCUGUAGAAAUUAUACAACAGCUUUAACAUUUUCUGUUGUGUGAACUAGAAACAUAGGCAACAAGAUUUUGAGCCAAAAUACACUAGGCGGCAUGAUUCCCUCCACGUUUUGGCAUUUUGAAUUUAUGUAAUACACUCGUACAACAGUUUGUUAUGGUUCUGUUGUGGGAGUGGCUCGAGAAUUUAUCGAGGUUUAUAGACCUAACAAGACUUGGCCAAAGAAAAAAUAAAACAAAACCUCUCGACCCUCCGUGAAACCUCUCUCUCGUGAAACCUCUCAUAGUCUAGCACCUCCCUUCUAUUCUUUCUUCCCUGAUAUAGUGACCCAAAUCCUCUACUUCGAUUUAUUCUUGUCCUUGAAAUCCUAAUUCACAGGUUGUUCUUCAUCUUCAGUGAGAAAUUAGGGUUCGAAUUGGGGCUUGCGCUUCCUUUCUGCAAACCUGCCUCCAACUCCUUCCCCAAGUAGAGCACCAAAUCCGGGCUGAGCUUGGUUGGCCGGACCGACCCUCCUUGGAUCUUAUCACUGUGUCGCGUUUACGCAAUCGAUUCCAGCCCGAUCCACCAAAUGGGUCCUGCCCCAUCUCCUCCACCCAUCGUCGUCGAUUCCACCACCGCCCAGAUGAAAUAUGAGAGCUUUCGGGCCUAGACAUAGAGGCAUGUGGAGUAAAGGAACUAGAGUGGAGGAGAAAAUGAAAUCUGAUUUGCCUCUUGAUUUGCAGUUUUCCAGUUGUCACCCAAGCAUUCAAGAUGUGGAUUGUAUGUUCAGGUUAUUUGAGCUGCCGAUUGGCUAUGACUUUGACUAUGAUGAAUACCACAGGUAAAUGAAGGGGAUUGUGCAUUUUAUAGACCAAAGAUAGAUACCAAUGUAUCUGAUGCAUUGAACAUGAAGUUUCAGUGUGCAACAUUACAGGUUCUCUAGCAAUAACAGUGGCAAAUCCAACUGAUCUUGUAAAAGUUAGACUUCGAGCUAAGAGAAAAUUGCCACCAGGCGCACCAAGGCGCUAUUCUGGCACAUUAAAUGCGUCUUCCACCAUCUUGAGACAGGAAGGAGUUGGGGUUCUCUAGACUGGAAUUGGACCUAACAUUGCACGUAAUGCUAUGAUUAAUGCUGCUGAACUAGCCAGUUAUGAUCAAGUGAAGCAGACACUUCUGAAAAUUCUCGGGUUAAAGGCAAUGUUGUCACUCAUCUUUUUGCUGGUAUGGGGUCAGUGUGGAUUAAAGAUGGGCAGAUCUGGUACCUCUCCCUUGACAAUAAUGCAGGGUAUAGGUUUCAAACGAAACAAAUGUACCGAUUUGGUUGGUUUAGCAUGAAGCUCAAGUUGGUUGGAGGUGACUCUGCUGGCGUUGUGACAGCUUACUAUGAAGAGUGAUCCCAGAGAGUUUGGUUUACAGCUUUGGGACUCUAUUGCUCGAUAUGCUCAGUGGCAAACAUAUUCCCCCAAGCUUCGGAAUUGAGCUUUGGGACCCUUGUACGUUCUUCUUCAAAAGGAAACUUCGUUGAAGCAAAAAAAUAUUAUAUCAGCUUUUGAUUCAUAUGUAGCUAUAGCUAGGAAUGCUUUCUUGUUUGGUACAUUAUUUGGUUACUUGAAUGUAUGGAUUUUUGAAAAAUGGUAAUUGAAAUGAUAUUGAUUAGAGUACUGUUUAUGUGGUAAUUAGGUUAGUGACCAACUGGUCGUAACCACGUCGACUUUCGCAGUCGAGUAGGAAGACCACCCUUAUUCCUUUUACAACCUUCUUGUUUCUCCAGUGUGAUGUUUUUAGCAACUACAAGGGUAUAGAAAACAUUCUUUCGACCCUUAGUUUACAUUGAAACAGUUGCGUUUGUACAAGGAAACCACAUUACUGAACAAUUUCCAAAAUUUGCAGGAAAAGCGGAAGUACUCGAAUAAUUUCAAAGGAUAGAAGUUUGGGUGUAUACUGUUAACCAGACAAAGACCAAAACAGAGAAAUAUUUUGAAAGUAUAACCAAGUUAGGAAACAAGUUCACACCCAAAAUUAGAACUUUUCUUUGUCAACUGCGCACUUGAAUUGUGAAAAUCACCCCGACUUCAAUUCAGACAGGAGCAAAAUCAGACAUUCCAAAUCUAACCAGGAGUGGGAAAUUCAAAUUGUCGAAGCCGGGUAAAAUUACAUUCCAAGUGGCUACAUCGUAAAACCAGAACAAGUUCCAAAAAUUUAGUUUCGACUCGGAAACUGUUUUGAGACAUCGAGUUUCUCAUUUUAAACGAAACUUAAAAUGCAAAAUUCUUUGACAACGGGAGGAGAAUUUAGUAAACCUUUAUAUGAAAUAGCUUUUGAAAAUGGUUCGAAGUUAGCCGUAAAAGCACAAGCUACAAGUUCUCAAGAAAUCUGAAAUUUUCACAAAUAGAGAAAUGAAACAAUUUUCUUGGUAGGGAAAACUCAACGCUAAAACCAAAGAAAAGCAUCUGUAAAAUGCGUAAGAUGGAAAUAGGCCUAUCACAAUAGGGGAACAAGAUAGUAGAACAACAAAUAUAGCGCAACAAUGUAACCUUGUUGAGCACUAUCGCCGGUACUGUUUGGUCGGAAGAAUCUUUGGGAAACGGCUUGAUGCCGAUACUGUGAUGCAAAAGGCUGCACUUCUCUGGAGGGAUGUUCAAGGCUCCCUCAGUCUGAACAAACUAGCCAACAACUGGUUCAGGCUCGAAUUCUCUCUCGAAGAUGAUCUUCUUUACGUUCUGGAUGAGCGCCCUUGGUACAUCAAAGGGAGAAUCUUUCAUGUCCAGCGUUGGUUUCCUGGUUUCGAUCCCCUCUUCACCAGGAUUCAGCAUUUGGUGGUUUGGAUUCGCCUCCCAAACCUUCCUCUCCACUAUUAUGACCCCAAAGUCCUUGAGGAUGCUGUUAUGCCCUUGGGAAAAUUUAUCAAACUGGAUGAAGCUACUACUCAAGGCUCACAGUGUAUCUUUGCUCGGGUCUGUCUUGAAAUUGAUAUCAGGCACCCUCUUACCAGAAUUCUUGUCAUCCACACUGAGGAUGACCUAGAUGAUCCAGUUAGUGUUCGUGUUUCCUAUGAAGGUCUGUUUGUGGUUUGCUUCCAAUGCGGUAGCCACAAACACAAAAUCAAUACCUGUCCUUUCAGAGUAAGAGAAGAAGAUUUUAUCCUAGUGGACCGCUUUUCAGAUGAUGAUGAAGUUGAGCCCUCUGAGAAAGAACUUGCUCCUGAAAUUAAAGCCUUACUCUCCGACAAAGUCAUGGCAGUUUUUCCUCAGCCCAAUACCUCUGUUAUUCGUGGUCAAGGCCCCACUGAAUCCUUUGCUGAACAAGAUAGACAGGAUGAUAUUAAUCCCAUAUCUCCCAACUGGACCCUUGUGACCAGGAAAAGGACUCCAGGUGCCAAGUCUUUUACUGGAAAACAAGGUAAUGGCAGAGCCACUAUUGGAACCAGAUCCCUACCAACUCCAAACCGGAGUGGUUUAGUCAAAGAUGGCAUUUCCUUCAAAGAUGCUACUCGGGGUGGUAUCACUAUUGGUGGCCCGCUUAGGACUAUGAAUAAGAUUGGAAAUUCUGCUGCUGAUCUUUCUCCCAACUCCCAGGACUUGGUGAGUGGCUUUUUACACUUUAAUGAUCCUAAGCCUCUUCUUUCUUUCUCUUCAUUCCCUAAUAUUGCUAAACUCUAUGCCUCUCCUGAUGUUGACAACUGUAUCUUGAGGAAUUACAAUCCGGGUUCAACCUACUCCCCAACUGAUGUUGUUGAGUUUUAUAACAGCUUCUUUAAUAACCCUUUAUCUUACUCUCAGGACAACUUUAUGGAUGCCAAAGAAGAUGAUGAAAAUGCCUUCAUCAAUAAUCUAAUUGCUCCUGAAAAUUCUGCCGUGGAGGCUUGGGACAACGACAACCUGGAAGAUCACAUGGAAGUUAGCUCUGGAUAUCAACAAGGAGGCUGGUCCCUCCCAAUUUAA